UUUAUUUUGUUUUUAGGCCAUUUUCAUAUUCUGAAGUCCUUUCAGUUUAUUAUUCGUCUUCGUCUUAAAAAUUUCAAAACAAAUAAUUUAUAGGAUGAUUUUAUAAUGAUAACUAAGGAUAAGUGAUAGAUUCAUUGGAUUUAGUGUUGGAUCUUGAUUAGAAAAUUUAAAAUAAUAACUUAAUACUUAAUAGAAUCAAUUUAUAAUUUAAUGGAAAUCUACUGCGAAUAUGCUACCUCUACGUGGCGUAUGUUUGUUGGUAUUUUCGAUAUUAUUCCCGGCAAAAGUGACUCUUCUUGAGAAUGGAUUGGCCAGGACACCGCCAAUGGGCUGGAUGUCAUGGGGAUACUAUAUGUGUGGUGACGACUGUGGAAGAAAUCCACUUAAAUGUUUAGAUGAAAAAUUAAUACUCUCUGUGGUAGAUUCAUUCUUUGAUGAAGGCUAUCAAGAAGUUGGAUUUGAGUACAUCAUUAUAGAUGACUGUUGGUCAGAGAAGAGUAGAGAUAUGUAUGGGAGACUGGUGCCCAAUAAAGAGAGGUUCCCUCGAGGAAUGAAGUUUAUUGCCGAUUAUAUUCACGCAAGAGGUCUAAAGUUCGGUAUGUAUACGAACAUUGCUGACGUCACGUGCAUGUUGUACCCUGGCUCUAAAAACUUCUUUGAUAUCGACGCGAAGUCCUUUGCGGAGUGGGGCGUAGACUACCUCAAAGUCGACGGUUGUUUUGUGCAAGAGUCGUAUUUAGAUACAGCUUACAUUGACCUUGGACGGGCGUUGAAUUCGACCAAACGACAAAUGGUAUACUCUUGUAGUUGGCCGUAUUACUUGCAGUAUAUUCAUAACAGAAGACCAAACUACAGCCCUAUAGCCAAACACUGCAAUAUGUGGCGAAAUUUUCACGACGUUGCUCUCGAUUGGAAGUACGUCAUAGCUAUUAUACACAAUUAUAUUGACGAAUAUCCUAAAAUUAACGAGUACCACGGGCCGGGACACUGGAACGAUCCUGAUAUGCUGAUACUAGGCACAAGGACGCUAACUCCAGGCCAAAGCAGAGUGCAGCUGGCUGUGUACGCAAUGAUGUCUGCGCCUCUCCUACUGAGCUGUGAUAUGAAGAUGAUAACUCCAGAAGAGAAGCAGUUGUUACAGAAUACGGAAUUGAUAGCCAUUGGCCAAGAUCCAUUGGGAAUCAUGGCCACUCCGUAUAGAUUGUCAGGCGUGAGGAUAAUCUACGUGAAGAAGCAUCUACCAAUGAAAGGAGACUAUUACCAUUCCUUCUCUGUCGCGAUGGUGAAUCUAGAUCAGAAACCGUCGAAAUUCACUUUCACACUCGCCGACCACGGUAUAUCGGCCCCUGAUGGAUAUACUGUUAUGAAUGUGUUCACAAAGGUGUAUGAGAAAAAUGUCACGUCUUCCGACGAAUUUGAAAUUGAAGUGCCACCGGAAGAUGUAACGUUAUACUCCCUGUUCCCGUUAUAAUCAUAUUAUAAUUGGUGUUUAUAUAUUGAUUUUAUGUUAUUUAAUAUGUGUUUUCCAUUUUGUUUCCUAUCUCAAGGCUGACUUGAUAUUAUUUAUUUCAUUUAUUAUUUAGUUACGAAAACUAUGUGAUUGUUUUAUUCCUUUAAAUAGGACAUAAGUUUAAUAUGUAGACGAGUUGAUUUUUUUUACUAUUCCUAUUAGAACGACUAUUUGAAUAGCUCCGCUUUCAAUCGUACCUGUCCUUUCCAAUUUGAGGUCAAAAAUAAGGUUUUAUGAAAAAAAUAUUGGUUGCACAAAGUGGAAUGGAAAGGUACUAUUAAAAUCUGAGCGAUUCAACUCUUUGCACUGUUUAGUUUUACUUAAGUAUUAUAAACGCCAGCAAAAUUUUCGAUUUGUUCACAAUAAGUUUAAAUGUGUGGUAUAUAGAAUAUUAUUAUAUAUAUUUUUUAUUUUUGACCAUACAAAACCUGAUCGUAUCAUUGUUUUUGGAUAUACUGACGAUCUGAUUAUUAAUUUGUAUGAAAAUGUUGUUUUCUUUUGUUUUGUUUAGGGUUCCGUGCCCAAAGAGGGUCAAAUGGAACCAUAAUUAUAUUAUCUUGAAGGAUUCUCAAUAAGAAAUGCAAAUUAUUUGGAUUAUUUAGCAUUGCAAGAUUAUUAUUGCCUAUGAUAAUUAGUAUUUGGCUAGAUUAGAUCGUAUAAGGAGUAUAUUAGUAUGUUGUUUUAGUUAGCCGAAGAAAAUAUCAUCUAUUGAAAUUACACUCAUAUACUUUUGCCUUAUGUUUCAUUACCAUGUAUGAAAGAUUUUGUUUUUCACUUUUUCCUAACUGAUCUAUUUCCAUUUUAAUUAUUUUUGCGCGAAAGUAAUAUCAUACAAUUUUUAACGUUAUUUGAUAAAGAACAAUAAUAAAAAGUGAAAAAAUUAAUUAUCAAAUUAAAUUAUAUAAUAUUGUAUUGUAUUAUUUGAUUAUAUGUAAUUUUUUUUACUAUCUUUCGAAAAAAAAACUAAAUCAAAUUAAAAAAGCAUGCUUUUUUUCUGCCUUUUUUAACGAAUGUUACUUAAUGCAAUGAUUGUGUUCGACAUUUUAACUUAGACAAGCUUAGUAUUUAUUUUAUGUUGUAUAGAAUAUUAGUGUAUAUUUAACAUGCAUUUCGUUGCAUUUAUUUUGAAGUAAGCAGGGUUUGUUUUAAGAUUAGUUACCAUAAAUGUAAGUCAUAUUUUUUGUUGCUCAAUUUCUCAUUAGUAAUGUUGGUUAUGUGUUACUCAAUUGAUGUAGUACCUACUUAAAUUUAUUGCAAGAUAAUAAAAGUUGUUUUAAUUA